CUCUUCCUGCAGGAGCCCUGCAGUUGCCGCCAUGGCGUCGCUGCGGGUGGUAGCUGCGUUCCUUUCUGCCGUUCUCCUCCCUUUGCUGGAGGUGGCGAGCGCGGGAUUGAACGGCUACUUCGGCACCAAGUCGCGCUACGAGGAUGUGAACCCGUACCUGGUGCGCGACCCGCUGUCUCUGGGUCCCGCCGCGGUCGGGUCCGGGCUGCCGCCCUCCUGCGCGCCGCUGCAGCUCCGCGCCUUGCUCCGCCACGGCACCCGCUACCCCACGGCCGAGCAGAUCCGCCGCCUGGGCGACCUGCACGCCCGCCUCCUCCGCCGCCGCCCCGCCGCUGACGCAGGAUCUGCCGCAGCAGCCUGUCCCGUCGCUGCCGACCUAGCCGCCUGGCAGAUGUGGUAUAACGAGAGCCUCGACGGGCGGCUGGCGCCACAGGGCCGGCGCGAUAUGGAGCACCUGGCCCGCCGCUUGGCCGCCCGCUUCCCCGCCCUCUUCGCCGCCCGCCGCCGCCUGGUGCUGGCCAGCAGCUCCAAGCACCGCUGCCUGCAGAGCGGCGCCGCCUUCCGCCGCGGGCUCGGACCGUCCUUCAGCCUCGGCAGCGACGAAGCAGAGGUGGAAGUUAAUGAUUCCUUGAUGCGAUUUUUUGAUCACUGCGCCAAGUUUGUAGCCUUGGUGGAAGAGAACGCCACGGCGAUGUGCCAGGUGAAGGCUUUCAAAGAGGGGCCAGAGAUGAAGAAGGUCGUGGAGAAGGUUGCAAGUGCCUUGUGUUUGCCGGUGGAGGAGCUAAAUGCAGAUCUUGUUCAAGUGGCUUUUCUCACCUGCUCAUAUGAGUUAGCUAUAAAAAAUGUGACCUCCCCAUGGUGUUCACUCUUCAGUGAAGAAGAUGCCAAGGUACUGGAAUACCUGAAUGACCUGAAGCAGUACUGGAAGAGAGGAUAUGGCUAUGACAUAAAUAGUCGCUCCAGCUGUAUUUUAUUCCAAGAUAUCUUCCAGCAUUUGGACAAAGCAGUGGAAGAGAGCAAAAGUUCAAAACCUAUUUCUUCACCUGUGAUUGUACAAGUUGGACAUGCAGAGACACUUCAGCCACUGCUUGCCCUUAUGGGUUUCUUCAAAGAUGAUGAGCCUCUCAAGGCAAACAAUUACAUCAGGCAGGCGCAUCGGAAAUUUCGCACUGGCCGGAUCGUGCCUUAUGCCGCCAACCUGGUAUUUGUGCUUUACCACUGUGAUCAAGUGAAAAACCCUGAAGAAGAGUAUCAAGUACAGAUGCUGCUGAAUGAAAAACUGAUGUUGUUUCAGCACUCAAAUGAAACCAUCUCUACUUACGCAGACCUCAAGGACUAUUACAAGAACAUCCUGGAAAACUGCCACUUCAAAGAAGAGUGUGAAUUGCCAAAAGUUAAUAAUACUGCUAUUGAUGAACUUUGAGGGAAUGAAAUGGAGUGGGUGUUCUGAAAAUUGAUCUCGGUUCUGUUUGACAGAUGUUGUGAACAACCACUUUUGAUAAUUUGCUGCUGCCAUGUUGACUUUGAAAAUUUGAUGGGUUGCUUAUGCAAAUAAGUAAUUUCAUUGGUCAUUCCUCUUAUGAAUGUGCCAUAGAUGGAUUUUUAAGAGCUGGUGCAACUUCUGUUUUAUCAGGUGUUGGAUGGAUUCACUAUUGCUUUGCUCUGCCUCUUUUGCUAGCUGCUUUUUUCCUGUGGCAGGCAUGAAAUAAUUCCAACCUGUGAGCUUUUCUGCUCCUUUUCCUGAGCUUCUAGGAGAGAGAGAGUACAUAGUACUUCUGCACAGCUGCCCAGUAUCUGGCUGGACAGUACCACAUGAACAACUUCCUCGGGCAUUUAAAGCAGGCAGAGUUGCAGUGUUCCUGCAUUCGUCAUUGACCUACCCUGCAUAGCAAGUUAGCCUCCAGGGUAAGUAGACUUAAAGUGAGGCAAUGGGAAGAUGCUCUGGGAGAUGCAGCAGUUGUUCUCUGAGUAAUCUGGUGUGUCUUUCACUUGACACCAUCAAUUUCUUGUGUUAAAGUUUUGGGUUAGGGCAUUCAGAUUAGGGUCUGCUACGUAUCUUGGUCCUGAUGAGGUGCUGACACUUGUCCUAGCAGCUCUGGUUGGAAGGGACCUCUGGAGGUCUGCAGUCCAGCCUCCUGCUUGAAAUGGGAUUGUUGCUAACCCUAAAUCAAGGCAGGUUUUGGACUGUAAAAAGGAACUGCCUGAGACUUCUGCUAGCUUUAAGGCACCAAACCCUGUGUCACUUAUGUAGGACUUACACAUCGAUGUGCUGCCUUGUUCUUGAAAAAAAAGCUGGUCUUAAAAGAAAUUAAUUGCAUACAGGUACUAGUGAUUUUUUUUAAGACAACUGCACUUAAAGUAGGUUCACUUGCUACGGAAAGUUGGAAAGUAUUUUAGACCUCUGCAGUGUGGCAGAAAAAUGGGAAAAGAAGAUAAUUGUUCAGAAUGUCUGAAGGGAAGUCAGAUAAGAAUUCCAUCAUUGCCCAGGAAAGAGUGACUCUGAACAAGUUGCCCCAGAGCAAAUGAAGGUAUGGAUUUAUGGUCUGGUAGCUCUUGAAGUGUGUAUUCACACCCUAUAAUGAAUGUUCCAGAGCUUGUGCCGUAAAGUGAGACUUAGUUUGCUGUGUUUACUGGAGAGGGGGUGAAAGGUUGGUAUAAGUGAAUACCACAGGGUAUCAGCUGCACUAUAAAUGUUUAUACCCUCAUUUGCUGCAGGGUAAUUUCUUUUUGUAGGUUCACCUUCAUAACUGAGAACUUAAUUGCUGCAAAAA